AUGGAGACGGUGCCCCACAAGGCAUUAGGCAUCAUUGGCAAAAGAAAAGAGAAGAUCCUACUGCUGAGGACUGAAAGAACUUCAAGAAUCACCCAGCCAAAUGAAGAUAAAGAAAGUGGCUGGGAUGCCUGGGGAGCAUGGAGUGAUUGCUCACGGACCUGUGGAGGAGGUGCCUCCUAUUCAUUGCGGAGAUGUUUAAAUGGCAGAAACUGUCAAGGCAGAAAUAUCCGAUAUAAAACCUGCAGCAAUACUGACUGCCCUGCAGAAUCUGGUGACUUCCGUGCCCAGCAAUGCUCAGCCUACAACGAUGUCAAGUACCAAGGACACUUUUAUGAAUGGAUCCCUGUCUUUGAUGACUCCAUCUCUCCAUGUGCCUUGAAGUGCCAAGCUUUGGGGAGACCUUUGAUCGUUGAGCUUGCUCCCAAAGUUCUGGACGGCACCCGCUGUAAUGCCAAAUCCUUGGAUAUGUGCAUCAGUGGAAUAUGUCAGGGAUGAGUUGAAACUGUACUCAGGAGAAACGAGGAUGCUAAGAGGACAGAAGAAGAACGGUUGUCCUAGGAUAUACUAUGAAAAAUAUGAGAAGAAAAAUCCGAAGGUUUUAAGAUAAAUGGAAAUUGUAUUUCAUUCAUACCCAGAUCCACAUCUGAAGACAAGCAAUCAAUUUAGCAAU